AUGUCAAUUACGUCGCGCAGCCAGAGCUCCUCCCCCGACAUUCUAGGCCCUCCUGGGGACGCCGAGUACCUGAUCUCAUCGCCAAUAAAACCUUUCUCAGGUCGCCAAAGCUGGCUGUCGCCUGCCAUUACUAAACGACACAAGACUCCAGCGAAACGCCGGCGCAUGACUCUGAGCCCGACGAGGAGCGCGCACUCGAUUCGAUUCGACGAUGUCCUCCUCCCUGGAUCACCUGCCAUGAAACUCGACGGUUACCAAAAGUCGCUUUCGCCAGACAAGCUGCUGGCGCAGGAUGGGAAUGUCAGUCCGUGGCGCAUCAGGGUCACCUUGGAAGCUACGCAAGACGGGGAAGAUGCUGCCAGCGCGAUGUCUUCGCGAAAGCGACCCAGACCGACAACGGUGACAACCAUGGUACCCUUGAAAGAUGAAGGGAGUCCCAUGAAACGGGGGACUCCAGUGAAACGUCGAAUUCGCUUGAACGAUUCAGAAACACAACCGCAUAACGGGUCGCCUUGGCCGAGGAUAAUGGGAGACGACGCGCCCGGAUCGAUAGGCGUAACACCGAAAAGGAGACCUGGGCGACCGCGCAAGAACACGCCGAGGCCACAAUUACCGUCGAAUUCGAUGUUUUCCGACGAAUUGAGAAUUGAAAACACCCCUGGCGCGGAGCCAAUGUCGCAGAACUACAGUCCAAUGGACAUCACAACCGACGCCAGCGCGAACCCCGAUCGGAUGUGGAGCCCUAUGAACAUAUCCACAGAUGGAGACUACGAGAGCGGUCCCCUUACAACGAAUGACUUGUCAGUCAUCGAUGUACCUGGCUCUUCGACGGCGAAUUUGAAUACACGGCAAGAUAUCGCCGGGCCGCGUGACUACGGCAGGCGUUCUUACAAUACACCGGUCAUCAGCGCCACCGAACAUCACUUCCUUGACGACGACAAUGAUAUACAUUCCACCCCAUCCAAAAUCCCAACUCCUACCCGCGAAAGAUUAGGCUCCUCAACACUAUCUUCUCACCGCGCGGGCGGUACUGUCUCUCCUCGUACAUACCCGACACCAACCCCAACUUCGUCGCUGGCCGACGAAGACACUCAGGCUCAAGACCCAGUUGCACUUGUCAAUGGCAGCCCAAAUCAGACCGACUCAGCUCACGAGCGCCAACAACCGUCCUCGGUGGAUCCAACGGAUGAGCAUGAGGAAUUCGAUUCUAUCAUGGAAAGCGAAGGAUUCACCAUGGUUUCACUCGACACUUUACCUUCCGCCAAGCAAUAUGGUAUCGGCUCAAGUACGAAGCCCGGGUCCGAAGCAGGCACUACGCAGGGUUCAGGCAGAAUCGGAGACCGAUUGAAGCGAAAACUAUCCGGAAGGAUCGAAAGCCUAAGAGGUGGCGCGCAGACUGUGAAAAGGCCGAGUCCUUUGAGUGAGGCCAUUACCUCGAUGCAAGUCAGCCCUCGAAUUGAGUACCCUGAAAUACGACCAGAGACAAGGCAGCGGGACUCCGAGGUCUCUUAUCCGAACCUUCCUCAGACUAGAUCUCCAGAAGGUCCACGAUCUGACGACUUACGAGUCGGUCGCGAAGCUGCGCAAAAUAUUAAUGUCCAACGAACAUUGGAGUAUGGGUCUCAACCGGAGACUGUUGAUGCAGAUGAGGAAGAUGAUAUUAUCUUGCAGCAUGAUGAUGAGGAACGUCAUCAUUGGCCCCAUCAGAUUGGACGAAGGCACAAUUCUCAAGAGUGGGAAGAUGCUUCAGUGGAAGAUAUGCCCCAACAAACAAAACUUCAGGAUCGCGAUGAGUCCCAGGCCGUGCCCAAUAGUCUGCACCAGGUCGAUUCCCCACGUCCGGACAAAAAUACUGCACGAGCGUCACGGGAACGCGAGUGGCAGCGAGAGCGGGAACGAGUCAGUCGCCAAGCCAGAGAUCCAGUGAACUCAGGGAAGUUCAUCAGUGUCGAAAGUGACGAGCCGAUGCCACAAGAAGCACCCUCUGAGUACUCGGCUCAUGGGUCGAAGAAUUCGGAACGGUCUGAAGAGAGACGACGAUCUACAACGCCCUUGAGGGAAGAGCUUGCCAACAACAAUCCGCUGUCUGAUCAAUUUAGACCCGAUGAAGAAUUUGCGAAACUCCCUUUGACACAACCUGUCAGUCAGGGAGUCGAGCGACCAAUAGAAUCGCCCGAGCAUGAGGAAGACGAGGAAGACGAGGAAGAGGACAUAUGGAGAGUCGACGACUUCAGUCCGAAGGUUUCGAAGCCGCUAAGCUCGCAAUCAAGACAGGAUCCACGUCCUGUCACGGAGGACGCAGAUUUGAUCCAUGACGACGACGACGACGAUGGAGAUAUCUGGCAACAGGAAGCCAGAGAUCAGAGCAACAUUUCCCAUCAUUCCGAAAAGCAGGCUCAGCCGGACGUCGUUCAAAGGUCGCCCGGUCUCUGGCGGGAAGCUGGUGAACAUGCAUCCACCCAUGAAAGUCGCUCAAGCUCGUCGCCCGUAUAUGUGACAAUAGAGCAUCAUGAUGGCACCCAUCCCGUGCCGACUCAUAUCCGAAAAUUACGCGAUCAAAACGUCGACCUUUCCGCUCUUCUCGCGCAUGAAGAAACUCCAAAUCGAGCCAACUAUUACGAUGGGACUAGUACACCGAGAGAGAUGCUCAACCGCCGACUUGUCGCACCGCUUCAAUCCGCAAUGAAGUCUGCGUCCUCCGCCCGCAAAGUUGGACAGAGAGUUCGCUUGCAGCCUAUGCCACAGUCCAGCCCACACAUUGGAUCGGAUGCAGAGUUCAGUUAUUCUCCUGCUUUCAAGCCCAAUAUCUCCCGACAUGAUGAAGACACGCAUGGCUCUGAAGUGGGUCCAGAUGCUGCUUGUGAGGCGACCAACCCUUUUGAAAAUAGUUCAGCUGCGACACCAAGGUCUAUGCGUCGAUCUCAAAAGAGUGCAGAAGAAUCAACUUGGUUUCAACAAAUCACAAGUCUUACGCCCAGGUGGCUGAAAGCACCAGAACAAGACGAGGAGGAUAGCUCUAGUUCGAUUGCGGCUUCUCAAGACGAUCCCGACUCGGAAUUCGAGCACCACGAUGAUCAAACCGAAAGAAGCAAAACCAAAACUGGGCAGAGUCUUCAUGGGCCAGCUGGUCAGCUGCCUGUUUCGGACCGCUCAAGCCAGUCACUCUCUCGAUCUCUGCGAGACUCUGCCAAUUCACCCCCGAAGGAUCCACGUGAUCAUGUAUCUUCUGCCGAACCCAACGAGGCACGUGCAUCAUCGCAAAGUGGUCAGGGAACCUCAUCUGGUGUCGACUCACGUGCAGCUCCAGAAGGUGCACGUGUUGCAGGUGACCAGGAACAAGUCGAUCGAGACCAAGAUCUAAAUGAUCAACACCAGUUGAAGAGGCGUUCCAGGCCUCUGUCAACUUUCGGGUACUUCUCCGAUGAACACUACAAAGCCCUCCAGCGCCUCUACCAGUUGGCGAAACGUGCGCCGGAACGCUUCUCCUAUCACAAGGCUGCGGGGCGCACCGAGAUCAUUGGAGAUUGGAUCUGGACUUCAGACGGUCUUCAUGGGGUACCCAUUACAGAACUCCAAUUUGCUAUCAUAGACCGCUUUGUGCAUGAUCUGUCCCGCGCAGACGUUGAAUACGGGGGCAGUGGGCGUGUCGAGUGGACCGAAGCCGACCUCCAUCGAAGAUUGAUCAGCAUUAUCAUUGGCGAACAGAUUCGAGAGAAUCAAAAAGCGAAGACCGUCCGGGCGGGAUCUGUGGAUACGUGGCGUUGA